AUGUCUUCAGAAGCAUCGCUGGACGUGGACCUCAGCAGGAGAGGCCUGAAGAAGCAAUGCUCCUUCACCAUCGACAACAUUCUCUCCAGCCCGCGGGAGAGAAAUCCUCAGGUUCUGGUGCCGUUCUGCCUCCGGGGUAUCUUGGACUGUGAGCCCAAAGGCCUUUGUGCUCUAGAGGCUAUCACGGCCAGCUCUCUGCAGGAGGAAGAGGAUGAAGAGGAAGAACUGGAAGCUGCUGGGUGCAGCUGCUGCUGCUGUUCUCACACAAGUGCUCAUUCCCUUCAGGACCCUCCGAAUUGGCUAGACACCAGGUUCCCCUGGCCUAUGCGGCUUUUUCAUCCUACUGUGAGAGCCUGUAAAAACCCUCGGGGGAGCCAAAGCGAGCUGCAGACCUUCCAUCAGAUCCAGAGGCGGACCCGGCGGCACCGGACUAUCUUCACAGAGGAUCAGCUCCAGGCCCUGGAGGCUCUUUUCCACCAGAACCAGUACCCGGACGUCAUCACCAGGGAGCACCUUGCAAAUCGUAUCCACUUGAAGGAGGAGAGAGUAGAGGUUUGGUUUAAAAAUCGACGGGCCAAGUGGCGGCAUCAGAAGAGAGCUUCUGCAUCAGCACUCAUCCUUCAAGGCACCAAGAAGCCACCUGAGGAGAGCUGCUAGGGGUGGAAGCUAAAUCUCACCUAGCCAACACAGAGGCCACCAACUUCCCCAAUUCCCUGGUUUCUCUGGGAAGCGGUAGCAGACUGAA